AUGGAUUUUAUUAAGGUGGUAGAAUUGGGUAUUGUAUUUGCACUGCUUAUGGUUCAUAAUUCUAUUGCUGCUCCUGAAUCUGAUCUGAUAGAGAAGUUGCCAGGCCAAAAAGAGAAAGUUCCCUUCAAGCAGUAUGGUGGGUACAUUACUACUGAUGAACAUCAUGGUAGAGCAUUGUACUAUUACUUUGUAGAGGCCCAGACCAAUGCUACAUCUAGGCCCCUGGUCUUGUGGCUCAAUGGAGGGCCUGGAUGCUCAUCAGUUGGAAUAGGAGCAUUUGAGGAGAAUGGUCCUUUCAAAUUCAAUGAUAAAGAUUUGGAACAGAACAAGUUUUCUUGGAAUACAGAGGCAAACAUGCUGUAUAUAGAGAGCCCAGUUGGAGUGGGAUUUUCUUACUCAAAUACAACUUCAGAUUAUGACAUUUUUAAUGACACUUUGACUGCCCAAGACAACUUGGCAUUCCUUUUGAAUUGGUUUAAAAUUUUUUCAGAAUUCCGAGAUUUAGACUUUUACAUAACAGGAGAGAGCUAUGGAGGGCACUAUAUACCUCAAUUGGCAACCCUUGUGUUAGAUUACAACAAAAAGCCAAGCAUCAAACCUAUUAACCUUAAAGGAAUCAUUAUGGGAAAUCCUUAUGUUGACAUUGAGAUUAGUAUAAACAAUGAUGAAUAUCAAUGGUCACAUGGCUUGAUUUCAGAUGAAACUUAUCAAUUGACACAAACUAUUUGCAAUAAUUCUAGAUUUUGGAUAGAGCAAUAUGUUGAUCAAAAUACAUCCGAUGCUUGUAGUGAUAUAUACUACAAAAAGAUUGAUGAAAUUGGAGCUAUUAAUAUAUACGAUGUUACCUUAGGUAAUUGCUUAAGUAAUAAUGCACCUAAAACACAGUUAUCCAAGCUUCAAGAAGGAAAGAAGUCAAAUGUUGAAAAUGGAAUCAACCUUUGUUCUGGAGACAUCAUAGAUACAUACCUCAACACAUAUGAUGUGCAAAAUGUAAUUCAUGCAAGUAGAAGUAAUGAUACAUACUCAUGGAGCUCUUGUUAUGGGCCUUUGAAUUAUGAUCAAUCAAAUAGAGGAAUUAACAUUAUACCCAUUCUCACCGAACUUCUAAAUUCUGGUCUACCAAUUAUGCUUUUUAGUGGAGAUCAAGAUUCAGUUGUCCCAUUUACCGCAACACGAACAAUUGCUAAUAUUCUAGCAAAGCAAUCAAAGCUAUUCACAAUCAACGAAUAUGGUAGUUGGUAUGAUAAUCAACAGGUGGCAGGGUGGACUCAAUCUUAUGGGCACCCAGUGGAUGGCAAGAAUCAAACUAUUCUAACAUUUGCAUCAGUGAGAGGUGCAGCACAUGAAGUGCCAUACACCUCUCCAUCUGAAGCACUAACUUUGUUGAAGGCUUUCAUUGGAAGACUACCAUUGCCUACUAGUUGA